AUGCCGGGCUUCCUGCAACACGGUCCUCCGGUGAGGCUAUGCGUGGGCCUCGCAUGUGUCCUGUCCCUUUGGAACACAGUGUCUGCUCUUAAAGGAGACGCCAAGAAGGAAAAGAUUAUGACCUUCCUACCUACAAUAGCAUCUGGCCUUGGAGAAGAGAGGAAGGAAAAGGGGGUGGCGUUUCUCGAUACCACAGAGCUGCCUGCCAGGUCCGUCGAUCUGUCCGUACUUAACCUGACAGAGCUGGUGAAUGGGAUGCUGAACAGAGCUUUAAAAGAUAGCAAGAAAUUCUUCUCUUUGCUGAGCGUUACUUCCUACAGUUCCUUCGCCUUCCACAAGUUUUCUGUGGCCAUCUACAACAUUUCUAACCCGAAGACUGUGGAGCCGGCCAAAUUCCCCACACGGUACUGCUACUGUUUAAACAAUCGGACCAAUGACUUGUCAGAUUUCACAGCCCUACUGGUGGACAUCAUUGGAAAUUCUACCAGCUACCUCACAGAGAUUUUUAAGUCAACCUCCAUCCUCUCAGUGAGUCAGACAAAGGAAUCCGACUGCAUCUUCAUCUGUGUGAUGACGGGAAAGUCAGGAAGGAAUCUUUCUGACUUCUGGGAGAUGGCGGAGAAAUCUCCUGUUAUCAACUACACAUUUACCAGCAGCAUGCCUAGUGUUCUGGGUGAGUCUACCAGGGGGACGGCUGUGACUUCAGAACUCACACCCACAAGCCAGCAAACGCCACCAAGGAGAAGCUCCCCACGCCGAGCCCAAAGCACCGGAGUGUCUGCUCUGAGAACCUCUCCCGGGACAGAGACAACUCCUCCGUCAGAGGAAGAGCAGACGGCGAACACAGACGGACUUCCUGAGCUUCACGCCAGCACCACAGCUAUCCCGGACAGCGCCUCUUCUACCCUCCCAUUCUUGGGUACCAGGAUGGCGGCCAGAACUCCAUGGGUGACAACCAACAGGCAGGCAUGGGCUUCCAUGCUACCUGUGCCCUGGGCUCAGACCACCGGUGAGAAAACACCCGGAGGGCCCCCCUGGGGAACCCUUUCCUCCACCCCGACAUCUCCUGCAGAGGCCGAGGAGGCCGUGAGCACAAGGAGCCUUCCUGGGCCUCCUGUUAGGACAGCGGCCACACCUGGCAGCUCAUCCCAGACCAGCCUGACCUCAGGAACAUUCACUCCUGGCACACAGACUCCGAGUCCAACCAAGGCACCAGCCCCCAAAUAUCCACAAACAGGUGACCUCCCUACAGUGUGGCCUUUGGCCCCCGGAGAAGAGCCAGCCCUGGUCCCAGGACCCCACCAAGUUUCAAGGUGUCCUCAGCCACACCUCAAAGAGGGGGCCGUGACAGCUCCUCCUCUCACCCUGGCCAUCCAGAAGCUCAACCCUUGCCUGAUGGAGCUGUGCCGCUUUUUCCAAAAAUGCCUCUGUAUGAGCCAGCAAAGAGACACCAGGACGGAGGCCAUGAGGUACUGUCUUGAACGCUAUUCCUGGUUUCUGAAGAAUGCAACAUACGUCUGUCAGAGGGUGAAAAGAGUGUCGCACUCACACACCUUAAAACAAAACUGCCUUGAGAAUAUCUGCAAGUCUGUAUGA